ACCCAACUCAACUUUAUGUCAUAAUUGUCAUAAUUAAAGAAAAUACCAAAAUACAAAGGCGACUUGAAAUAAAACGCAUAAAUUGACCAAAAACACUGAAUCCAAAUAAUUAGAAAACAUUUGUAGCACAAGUAUUUGAUCAUGUAAUUGUCAAUAUUAACAGGAAGAACUAUAAAUGAACAUGACUUUAAACCAAGAGAGUUGUGAUAACUUGUCUUCGGACGGGGAACCGAAGCUAAAAUAUGAUAGAAUGGGUAAUGACGUUCAGAAUAUUUUAGUGACUGAUGCUGUGAGCUGUAUUUGUGUGCAUACUAAGUUUAUUUGCCUCGGCACCCAAUGGGGAGUCAUACAUCUACUUGACCAUGAAGGGAACACUGUGCCGUUUUCGCAAGACAACAAUCAGAAAGACUUGCAAGCGCACGCUAUCGCCGUUAACAAGAUAUCUGUAGAUGAGAAUGGAGACUAUAUAGCGAGUUGUUCGGACGAUGGAAAAGUUUUGGUUUAUGGCUUAUAUUCUAAGGACAAUACACACAGCCUUACUUUAAGCAGAGUUGUCAAAUCAGUGGCUUUGGAUCCUUUCUACCACAAAUCUGGAUCUGGUAGAAGAUUUCUUACAGGUGAUAACAAAUUAACUCUAUACGAGAAGACAUUUUUAAAUCGCCUUCGCAGCACAGUACUCUGCGAGUGUGAGAGCUAUGUCCAAGCAAUAGCAUGGCAUGACCGGUUUGUUGCGUGGGCAAGCGAAGUUGGUGUACGUGUUUAUGACCUUGUGGCUAGAUGUUCUCUAGGUCUUAUUCAAUGGGAAAAAAGUCUGAAUAGAUCCAUAGAAGAUUUUCGUUGCAAUUUACUCUGGUCUGCACCCAAAACUUUGAUGAUUGGGUGGGUUGACACAAUAAGAAUAUGUCUGAUACGUAAACGAAGCCCAAUCGAGUUACAAACGAGAGACGAUACAGAAUACUUAGUAGAUCCUGUUUAUACUUUUCAAAGUAAGGAGUAUUUUAUUAGUGGCCUAGGCCCUUUGGAUGAUCAACUUGUUCUGCUCAGUGUUCCAAAGGAACCUGAUCCAGAAACUGGAAAAUCUCAGAGACCAAUUCUUAUUGUAGCGGAUUAUAAAGACUGUGAAUUUAAUGAAUUUUCAGCUGAUACUUUAAACAUUCGAGGUUAUGAAGAAUACUCAUGCAAUGAUUACUUUUUAGACAUGUUAAUUGAAGAAAAUCGAUUUUUCAUUGUAUCACCCAAAGAAAUAAUAGUUGCCAGUCCGUAUGACAUAGAUGACAAAGUAAACUGGCUGACCAAGAAAGGAGAAUUUGAAAGAGCCAUUGCAGUGUUGGAUGAAGUUGGUGGCAAAACUGCACAGCACUCUGUAGUUACUGUUGGUGUUGAUUAUUUGGAUCAUUUAUUAACCAAUCAACAAUAUGAUGCAGCAGCAAAAAUAUGUGCAAAAGUAUGCAAAAAUGAUAAAAUUUUAUGGGAGAACCAAGUUCUUAAAUUUGAUGCAGUAAAGCAACUGCGAGCCGUUAGCGCCUACAUUCCUCGCAUUUCUGAGCAAGUAUUAAGUCCGCACAUUUAUGAAUUAAUUUUAAAUGAAUACCUAAAGGAAGAUCCACAAGGAUUCCUUAAAUUAGUAAAAGACUGGAAUCCAUCUCUAUACAGAACUGGUGUAAUUAUCAACUGGGUUCUAGAACAUUUACUAACCACCAAAGUGGAUAACAGUGUAUAUUUGGAAGCAUUAGCCUUACUUUACUGCUACCAAAAGAAGUUUGAUAAAGCCCUUACCACCUACUUGAGUUUACAACAUAUGGAUGUUUUUAAACUGAUCAAAGAGCAUGACAUGCAUACCGUAAUAUAUGACAAAAUUCUUAAUUUAAUGCAACUGGACUGUGAUAGAGCCAUUACCAUUCUACUGGAGAAAUUUCCUGUUGAGCACAUUGACAAGCAACACGGCAAGACAAAAAUACCAGUUGAAGUAGUGGAGAAACAGCUGGAGAACCAUGACUUAUUCUUGUUCAAGUAUCUAGAUAGUUACAGCAAAAUUGAACCCAACGGAAGAUACCAUGGGAAGCUCAUCCACUUGUAUGCAAAGUAUGCACGACCCAAAUUGUUGCCAUUCUUAAGAUGCAGCGACAACUACCCUAUUCAAGAAGCUCUAGAUGUUUGUCAAAGUAAUGAAUUUUAUCCGGAAAUGGUGUUCCUUUUAAGUAGGAUCGGUAAUACCAGAGAAGCUUUGCAGAUUAUAAUAGAGAAGUUAAAUGAUAUAAACCAAGCAAUAAACUUUUGCCAGGAGCAUAAUGAUAAGGAGCUGUGGACAGACCUCAUCCAGCAGACAGUGGACAAACCUGAGUGUGUCACGUUACUACUCAAGCGGAUAGGUAACUAUGUAGAUCCGCGCAUGUUGAUUCAGCACAUACAACCUGGCUGUGAAAUAAAGGAUCUUAAGGAGUGUCUCGCUAAAAUGAUGUGCGACUACCAUCUCCAAAUGUCAGUACAAGAGGCAUGCAAAGUUAUAACUCUCAGAAACUAUUUCGAUUUACAUGAAAAAUUGAUAGUUGGCCAACAGAGAGGUAUAUCUGUGACAGAUGACUUCUUGUGCCAUGUUUGUCAAGGCAGGAUCAUAGUGCGGGACUUGUCUAAUGCCUCAAACCUCAUAGUUUACAAUUGUAGGCAUUCAUUCCACAUAGAUUGUCUACCCAAUGGUAUAUUGUGUAACAAUUGUUAUGUGUGCAGUGCAGUUAAGAUGUGACGUGUUUUCUGCUCAAUGUUUAUUCAAAUAGAACUGUAUAUUAAAUUAAC